UUGAUAAUAAGAAAAUGGAGAGAAUAUACCGCAAACUUACAAGCUCCAAGCCGAGACAGCGAAAGGUCCAACCCAAAACGAGAACAGAAGCAUCCUCAGCCUCAGAGAUCGGAUAUAUCUGAACCACAGAGCCAGAUGUCAAUAAAUCUUUUGUUCCUCAUCCUUGGAGGAAGAAAAGGAUCCGAAUGCAAGGACUCAGCAAAAAUAGCUCAAAAAGUAUCAACUCCUUAAGCCAGGCUUCUUUAAGUACGAAUAAAACAACCUUUUCUCAACCAAGAAGAAAUUAUGCCACACAUCAUAAUAUGCCGAUCCAGAGCAAGAUUAUUGGCGGGAUGGGCCAUAAAUUAAAAGGAGAGAUGUCUCCAAGAACCGGGUUUGCUAGCCAAUCUCUGGCCAAACCUCUCGAAAGUUUCUCCGUGUCGCAAUCUUCGUUCACCAAGCUUUAUAAAAGAAGGUGAGCUGAUCAGAGAGGACCUAUAAAGGCAGAUAUGGUUUCUUCAGUCACAACUCAUGGAGGAAGUAGCUUGCAUGAGUAUCUCUCACCCACAAAGAUGGGCAACAACUCUAUGUAUAAGUUCCAAGGAGCCCAAAGAAGCCACCAAUCACAUAAUUCAAUGAAUAGCCAUAGUGCUCGGAUCAAGUCUAAAAAUAAGCCUCCUAAAUAUCAUAAAUAAAACCCAGAAUGAAAACACGAACAAGGAUGCAGAGUCGCUAAAUGCUCAUAGAAGGAAAAUAAGAACAAAGAGAACAUAUAGUGCUAGGAACAAGCCUCAAAGUUCAUGCUACUAUGCUUCUGGCUCAAGCGUCGCCAAGACUCCCUCUAAUUUCAGGAAUUUCAAUGUCGAUGAUCUAAAGCAAUGAGCUGACCCAGAGGAGACCGAUGGGCAUGAUUUUACAUUUUCAACAGAGAAACAACCGUUGGAUGACUCAUACUCUAACCAAAUUGCUGGAUCUUACGGAAGUGCUCUCAAAAGGAUCCCUCUCAGCUCAAGUGAGAAAUAAACAAAUGAAGAAUUCUCAUUCAAGUCCGAGCCUUGCUGGCUCUUCUACAAAACAAAAGACUCGACAGAUAAAGGAAUAUAAGGAGGUUCCAGCACAGAAGUGAUGAAAAGAACUUGAUUACAAUCAGAUCCAACUCGAAGGUGAAUUAAGUAUGAUUAAGUUAAACGAGAGCGAAGCCCUUAACAAUGAUAUUUUCAAGCCAAUCCAUUACGAUAUUUCAAACAAAGAGAACAUCAGGAGUCAGAAUAUCAGAGAACAAGGAAUCCAAGGAAAAUGUCUUAAUGAAGAAGAUUUGGAUGAUACCUUCUCUUCUUGAGGAUCUCUAUGUGAUGUGAAUGACUCAGCACUCUGAGAGAUGAAGGACACUUCUAUAAAAUCUAAAGGGAUUAAGGAUCUCUUCAUUCAGAACUCGGUCAAGGCUAAACCGAUUGUAUUUGUUAGCAAACCCAAAAAGAAAAAGAUAACCUUUGCAUGCCAUUGAAAUUCUGAAGAAGAGUUUAAAAAUCAUCAGAAAUUUCAAGAGUUGAGAAGUAAUCUGCCUUCUCCAUCUGGAACUGAGGAAGCAUGACUAAGCUUGCCUCUCAACUGAUGAAACAGAGCCCUAAAAUGGAUAGAGCCAAUUUAUACUUCUCAGAUGAAAUCUAUGUAUGAAGGAAUUAAGGAUAGUCCAACUGAUGGUCUUGAGCACUCAAUAAUUCAAAUAAAGAGAGACAUCAAUCGGACAUACCCUAACCAAGACUUCUUCAAGAAAGACACUGAAGGUUACAUGAUGCUAGAAUCUUUGUUAACCUCUUAUUGAAAGUAUGACAGGUCUAUUGGAUAUGUUCAAGGAAUGAACUUUAUCAUGGGUUCUCUUCUUUAUCACUGCCCUGACCCUCAUGUAGCAUUCUGGCUCUUUGUCACGCUAAUGGAACAAUACCAGCUCUGAGACAACUUUAAAGGUGACCUUAAAGGAAUCGAAAAGCAUUGAGGAGCAAUUAAAAUAAUAAUCGCUAAUGAACUGCCAAAGUUAAAUGGGCAUUUUGACAAAAACGAAAUAACUAUCGAGAUGUUUGCUACAGACUGGAUUUUUGGAGUUUUCUCACAUGUCAUUCAUUUAGACUUUAUGGGUGCCUUUUACGAUAACUUUUUAAAAGAAAGAUGGUACUUCUUUUACAAAAUGGUAGUGAUCUUCCUCAAGGACAUCCAAAUUUCUCUCCUUCAGGAAGAAGAGAUGUGUGAUGUGCUUUACACAUUAAAGACACUAGCAACCCCAGUCAGGAGUGAUCACUCCCCUGCUCCAUCAAAGCGAAGCUGCCAGCAGACACAGAGCAAGAGCAGCAAGGCUUGCUCUGAAGUCUCAAGCGAUGACCUCUACCAUUCCCCAGGUAAAAGCAAAGGUCUCAGCUUUGCUACCAUUGAUAUGGGAGUUUGGCGUAGUGUAAAGGAAAUCUUCAAGAAGAAACAGUACGAAUGAGACUGGAAUGUCAUCAUCAAGAGAGCUGAAACCUAUAAACUCAAGAACCCUCAAGCAGUCAAAAAGUUUUGAAUGGAUUAUGAUCUGACCCAUUAAUAUUUUCUAAUUCAAUUUCAAUUGGUAAUAA